UGUGUUUGCAUAUUGGUCAAAGGAGAGAUCUAUCUGAAGUCUAAACUAAAAAGUAUAUGUCAGAGGAAGAGACGGGGGGAAACUGUCCGCGGCCGACCCCUCUUUCAUUCCUCAAAAACAUCGCAGCUACAGGUUCGCUGUUUUGUGAUUACGAAUCAAAGGUUGAUCUUGCUGCAUGGUCAAGCAUUAGUUCGAGGGUUGAUAUGGAAGGUGUGAAUGGUAAAAGAGUGGGACAUCUAUUUGAAAAUAUUAGCAGCUUUGUUCGUCAAUGUAUAUUUUCUAUACUUAAUGUGGGUCCUGUUCCUAGUCACAUUGCUUUCAUUAUGGAUGGAAACCGUAGAUAUUCUAAGAAGCAGAACUUGCUUGACGGGGAUGGACAUAGGGAUGGAUUUUCAGCGCUUAUCAACAUGCUAAAAUAUUGCUACGAACUUGGUGUAAAAUACAUAACGGUUUAUGCCUUCAGCAUUGAUAACUUCAAGCGAAGGCCUGAAGAAGUUGCAUCACUAAUGACACUGAUGCAGGAAAAGAUUGAUGAAUUAACUAAAGAGGAGAGCAUUAUAAACCGCCUUGGGAUUAGGAUUUACUUUCAAGGAAACCUAAAACUUCUGAGUGACCGUGUUAAGUCAGCAGCCGAGAAGGCUAUGGUAAAGACAUCAGGCAAUUCCAGAGCUGUAUUGUCUAUUUGUGUUGCCUACACAUCAACAGAUGAGAUAGCGCAUGCUGUUCAAGAAUCUUGUGAAGAAAUGUGGGAUGAUAUUAGAAAACAAGAAGCAAAUAAUGCUGAAGGCAAUUUUAUUGGACUCGAAGAAAAUGGGAAGGACGAGAAUGAGCACCGUAUUGGUGUGACAGAUGUUGACAGGCAUAUGUACAUGUCAGUUUGUCCUGAUCCAGACAUUAUUAUACGGACUUCUGGAGCAACUCGGUUAAGCAAUUUUCUUUUGUGGCAAAGUGCACAUUGUCUUCUUUAUUCUCCUACUGCACUAUGGCCUGAGAUUGGUUUGAGGCAUUUGAUUUGGGUAAUUUUAGACUUCCAGAGAAACUACUCGUAUUUGAAGGAGAAAAAGAAACAGUCAUGAAGUAUACGUAAAAGUUCUUUAGCAACUAUUAAUCCUGCUGUGAUUUUGUCGUGCAACGCUUUUUGUUUAAUGCAGUUCUCGUCCCAAAUCUCUCUCUCUCUCUCUACCUUAUAAAUAGACCAAAUAUUUUCUUCUA